GGGAUCGGAGUAUCGGUUAGAAAGCGGGGUUUUCAGACUUAUCUAAACAAUUAUUUUAACACAUCUGAUAUCCGCGCAUAUUUUAGGUCUUGAUAUUUUAGAAUUCAUUUGUGGAGACAUGGAAAAUGCUUCGGUUUCGGAUUUGUAUCGAGUGCUUGAGAAAGUUGUAGACGACUUUAACUCCCUAGAUAAACCAAGCGUGUGUAGUAAGGAUGGAAACAAUCUUAUAGAACAGACUCGACUGCAAUAUCUUACAGCUGUAACAUCCUCUGAUGCCAGUCCAAACACAGUGCCUAGUGAACGGGUGAAUAUCGGCAGUUUAAUCACUGAAUACGAGAAGAGCAUAGAAGAAUUGCAACUAACUCUAUCUGCCCUCCGUUCUCAAAGAAAAGUUUUGGAAGCAGAUAUUUCCAGAGAGAGGGAUGUGAAAGAACAACUGGGCAGAGUUCAGUCUGCUCUCUCCAGCAAACUUCAAGAACAGAGCACAAGGAAAGAGUCGCCCAACAGCUACAAGGUGCAAAUUGAAAAUCGUAUAAAAAACGCAAAAAAGGAAGGGAAAGGAUUGCGAAACAGUCUUGGAACGUUCAUCAAUAAACAUUUUCCUUUACCAACAGAGGAAGCUGUGAGUGAAGCACGGAAAAGGCUGAGGAGUUCAGAGAGGAGGUAUACAGAAAACCUAUCGUCCCUGAAAUCGAUUCUUGAAGAUUUGGUGAACAAAUGCAUGGAAGAUCCAAACGAUCCAUACAUUGAUGUUGACGACAGCAUCUGGCCGCCAUAUGUGGAACUCUUGUUGAGAUGUCAAAUUGUAACUAGACAUCCAGACAAUAACAAACUGAUCAAGCUGAUUCCCUUUCAUUUAUGAUUAAUUCUCUGUGUUAAGACAUCUAUUUUUUAUAUCCUGAUAUAUUAUGUUUAACAAGAUGUAUUUACAGCUUGGAACUGGUGUAGUUCAUGUUCUUCAGAUCCAGUCAUUAAAAAGCAUACAUGUUUCAAAUUAAUAUAGAAUAAAACUGAAGGCCCAUAAAAUUCA